AUGAGUAAAAUUUUAUCAACACCAGCUGCUGAGCAACGCAGAUUACUCGAACAACUAAUGGGUCGUGAUUCAUCAUCAUCCAGGCACCGCGGAGGUAGUCGGUUCCAUAGUCAUAGUAACCGAGCAAAUGAUAUGGGAUUAUACGAUCCGAAGAUUUGUAAGUCUUAUUUGGUCGGCGACUGUCCCUAUGAUCUAUUUCAAGGUACAAAACAAAGUUUAGGUAGAUGUCCUCAGAUCCAUUUGGCAAAACAUAAGUUAAAAUAUGAAGAUGAAAAAGGGAAAGGUGUUAAGUUUGAGGCAUUUGAAAGAGAAUACUUUAUGGUUCUUUCCAAAUUUAUCAAUGAUUGUAAUGCCCAGAUAAACAUCGCUUUGAAGAAUUUGGAGCACACUUCAGAAGAAAAGGAGACCAUUAGAAAGGCCACUGAAGAACUAGAUUUUUUAGAUACUCGUAUAGGAUUGAUGGUUCAAGAAAUACAACUUUUAGUAGAUGUAAAUGAAGUAAUGAAGGCGUUAAUUCAAUCGACCAAGCUACAAGAUGUGCAAGAGAAAAGGAAACUAGUUGGUAAAAAAGUUAAAGCUAUAACUGAGAAUGUUGGACAGAGUGCUCAACAGAAAUUACAAGUAUGUGAAGUCUGCGGAGCAUAUCUAUCGAGGUUAGAUACUGACAGAAGAUUAGCAGACCAUUUUCUAGGUAAGAUUCAUCUCGGAUACGUGAAAAUGAGAGAACACUACGAGUAUUACAAGAAGAAGAGGUACCAAAAGACUUGA